AUGGGCUUGGACAAUUCGACGGUUGUUGUGACCUGCAUAGUGGUAUUAGUCUCCACCAUAGCGGCAGUGUGGUUUUUCAAAAAGAGAAAGUGUAUUUUCUCAGGCAGUUGGAGUAAGCAUCCUAUUACGUUGGUAGAUGAGGAAACAAAGUACGCUCUUCCACUGGUCGAAAAAAUAGUAGUCAGUCAUGACACUAGGAAAUUCCGUUUUCGGCUCCCGUCUGACAGCCAUAUUCUUGGCCUUCCUGUUGGAAAACAUGUCUAUCUAAGUGCUAAGAUCGAUGGAAAACUUGUUGUUCGUCCUUAUACCCCUGUGUCCAGCGAUCAUGAUUUGGGUUACGUUUACUUCCGCAAUGUUAAUCCAAAGUUUCCGGAAGGUGGAAAAAUGAGUCAAUAUUUGGAACAAAUGAAGAUUGGGGACACGAUUGAUUUCCGAGGCCCUUCUGGAUUAAUAGUUUACAAAGGAAACGGCAAAUUUGCUAUACAACCGGACAAAAAAUCUCCACCCAAAGAACGUGUUUUCAAGGAGGUGGUAAUGAUUGCUGGUGGCACUGGGAUCACACCGAUGUUGCAAAUUAUCAAAGCUAUCCUGAAAAAUCCCAUUGAUCGAACCCGUAUUAGUCUACUGUUUGCCAACCAAUCAGAGGAAGAUAUCUUGUGUAGGAAGGAACUGGAUGAACUAGCUGCUGACCACAGUGACAGUUUCAGCGUUUGGUAUACUGUUGACCGUCCUCCCGAAAACUGGAAGUACUCCAGCGGAUUUAUAAAUGACCAAAUGAUAAAGGCUCGUUUGUUUUCACCACCGUCAGAGGACUGUGUAGUUCUCUUGUGUGGUCCUCCUCCAAUGAUCAAUUUUGCCUGUACUCCUAAUUUAGACAAACUCGCCUAUGAUCCGAAAAAUAGAUUCCAGUUUUAG